UUAUCUUUUCAUCUUACCGUCUUCCGUACCAAAACAAGGAGAAUUUCUUGGCCUCUUCCUUCUUCUCGACAUUUCCAUCCAUGGUUAUUCAUGGCUCUUCUUGCUCCCACCAGUGUAGCCAUUCCCAAGCUCCUCCUUCCUCUUCCUUCUAGUCACACCAAACAGCUAGGCUCCCCCGUUUCUUCCUCCGCGGUCUUUCUAGACCAUCUCUCCGGCCGCCGCCCGUCACCGAAUUCGAUUCGCUGGAGAAGAAGAAACAGGAGUCGAAUCGUCGUCGUUUCUUUCACUGAAGAGAAGGAACAAGUGGUUCCCGUGAACGAUACUGAUUCUCAACAUCUCGGCCCUCUUUCUUCCGCUAUAGUCGAUGAAGGCGGCGGUGACGAGAGAGGGAGAAUUGUAAGCAGAGGGAUUAAUGCAGCCAUCGUUUUGGGUUUCGGGACUCUUGCUGUCUCCAGGUUGCUCACCAUAGAUCAUGAUUACUGGCAUGGAUGGACUCUGUAUGAGAUACUAAGGUAUGCACCCGAGCACAACUGGGAAGCAUAUGAAGAAGCUCUGAAAUCAAACCCUGUGUUGGCCAAAAUGGCAAUUAGUGGAAUCGUCUACUCCAUUGGAGAUUGGAUUGCGCAGUGCUACGAGGGAAAACCGCUGUUUGAGUUUGAUCGAACACGCAUGUUCAGAUCGGGCCUCGUUGGCUUUACACUUCAUGGUUCCCUUUCUCAUUACUACUAUCAGUUCUGUGAGACUCUUUUCCCUUUCCAGGGUUGGUGGGUUGUCCCGGCCAAAGUUGCAUUUGAUCAAACAGUUUGGGCUGCAAUUUGGAACAGCAUCUAUUUUGUGGCGCUGGGUUUCUUGCGAUUUGAAUCCCCUGCCAAUAUCUUUAGGGAGCUCAAGGCAACUUUUUUGCCAAUGCUAACUGCAGGAUGGAAGCUAUGGCCAUUUGCCCAUUUGAUUACUUAUGGCGUUGUCCCAGUCGAACAAAGGCUUCUUUGGGUGGACUCUGUGGAGCUCAUUUGGGUUACUAUACUCUCAACCUAUUCAAACGAAAAGUCAGAAGCCCGAAUAUCUGAUGAUGCAGCUUCGGAGACGGAGUCCAUUUCUUCCGGCAACUCUUCUUCCAAGGAAUCAAAUCAAUCGUGAAGUAGGGCGUUCGAAUGAGAUGUCUUCACUCUUGGUAGCAAUGGUUAGGAUAUUUCAUCAAUCAUCUUGCUGUUCCAUGGAGGCAGCCACCUUCAAAAGGGAAUGCAGCUGCUGAAAGGGCAGGUCUCAUCUUAUAGAGGAACUUUGUAUAUUGAAUGGUAAAUAUACUGUGUAUAUGAUUGUGUAACACGAUAUCCAUUACAUCAAAACAAGGUUUAGUGAAAAUAUUCAGAUUUGCUCUAUUUUCAACCAAGAAAGGUCACAGUGCCAUUGAUUAUUUGAUUUUGUCCGGACUCUGCCUGAAAGAGAGUUAACCAUGCCCAUGAUUUUAUCAACCUCCAACAAAUUCAACCGAGAAAUAAGUGAAGAAAAGCUACGAUUAAAUCGUUAGGUAUGGACUCAAUCUGUAGCAUUUACCCAACUUUAUAGACACCGAGUCAUAUAUAGACACAAAACCGGUAUCUAGUCUAGUUGCUAGAUUGACAGUUCGACACCUUAUACUGCUCCAACCCGAAGUGUAAUACAGCAGAAGAAAGGAGGCAACAUCUUUGAUCUCCACAAGAUAGGACUCCCUGCUACUGCUCGUCUUCCAACUGUGACCUUCCUGCGGAGACCUGGCUCGGGCUUCUGCUCCUGCCCAUCAUCUUCUAUUGCCAGAGUGGUGUGUAGGUUUGCGGAGAAGAUUCUUGAUUCAUUUUACGAUCCAGAACUAACAGACCACUGCACAGUCAUCCAUCUCGGAAAUUGGAUAUUUGAGCUUUCCAAUUGGAAGCAGAGGACCAUGCUGACACAAUCUGCAGAUCUUCAUUGAUCAACACAUCCCAAACCUGCUAUGAUAAUGUUGACUUUAGUACCUCUGCAUAAAAUCAUUGCAUCCUGACUUACAUCCUUGCGUCCUUGCUAUGUGAAGAUGCAAGAACUUCUGCUGUUUCCAUUGGCAAAGAUCCAGUUGGGUAUGGAAGCCAAAUGCUGCAGUGUCAUCAAAUGAUCAGAGGUCGUCCUUUCCUUCUCUUUUUGCCCACCAAACUAAAUCCCAAGAUAACGUGAUGGCCUGUUUCUCCUUGCAUCUAGCCCUAGUUGAAACACUCAGAACGGGCAGGCAUCCCAAGUUCUGAAACAGCAGAUUAUGGCUCAUCCGGAGCCAAUGCAGUGUCAACAAAAAAAUCUAUUUCCAUGAUGAAUAGAGCAUUAGGCAAACAUUUCUGUGUUGCCUGUGAUCUCUCGACCAUUAAAUGAAAGCAGCAGAAAUUUGAAGGUAGAUACGGAUAAACUAGAUAUCAAGGAGAAUUCGGAACUUCACUCUCCUUUUAACACUACCCAUUCUAUCAUAUCCAAUACCAAUCUUGCUAUGCAUCAAUUUCAAGGCUAGAUCUACAUUCCCAGCUUUCCUUAAUGAGUUCAGUAGAGCAGUGCGAACUUUUCCAGGAACUUCCCGGCCCCUGUCUAUAAUCCCAUCAGCCAACUUACAUGCCUCCUUCAACCUUCCUGCUUUACAUAACACAUUCAGCAUAUCUUCAUAUGCUGUCUCGGGAAUAACACCCAUCGGUGCUAACUCAUCCAAAAUCUUACAAGCUCUGGCUAUCUUCCCACACAGACAGAGCCCAAUCGAUAGGGCUCUAAAUGCAGCCGGUGUUGGUGUAAUGCCUUUAUCAGUCAUCAUAUCCCAUAGCUUCAAUGCCUCUUCAUUUCUGUGUUCUCUGAAUAAUCCACUCAUAAGAAUGGUAUAUGUAUAAACAGUUUGAUCACAACCUUCAGCUUCCAUUCUCUUAAAGAGACCUAAUGCUUCAUCAAUCUUACCACAUUUGGCAAGUGCAUCAAUCAGAGCAUUAUAACAAUAUGAAUCAGGCAGACAACCUUCUUCCCUCAUCUCAUUGAAUAGUCUCUUUGCUUCAUCGACUCUCCCAGCCUUGCCGAGACCAUCAAUCAAACUGCAGUAAAAUAUAGCAUUUACUGCCACUCCAUUUUCUUUACAGAAGUCCAAAUAACUAAUCGCCUCUUCCAACCUCCCACUCUUACACAGGCAAUUGAUAAUGACACCAUAAGUAACCUCAUCUGGUUCAAGCCCUUCCCUUUUCAUCCUCUCAAAGAGCAGCAUUGCCUCUCCUGUGUUACCAAUUUUUGCAUUGGAGUCAAUCAAAGCCGUGUAUAUUGCAACGUUAGGCUUGCAUCCCUUUUGAAUCAUAUUCUCGAAAACAGUAUACCCUUCGAUACAUCUCCCUUCUUUACAAAGCCCUCCGAUCACUAAGCUAUAUGCAUGAGGCGGGAUCUCCAGCCCCCUUUCGCACAUUUCAUGAUACAAAGACAAACACGUAUCAACAUCACUCUCCCCAUAACAUGCUUGAAUCAGUGUCAUGUAAGUGAUCUUGUCUGCUGGCAAGUUUGUCGAUUCCAUGUCUCUCAAUCUUUCAAAGGCCUUCCGGGUUUUGCCCACUUGGCAAUACCCUUUAAUCAAUGUAUUAUAAGUAACAACAUCUGGUUGAAUCUUUCCAUUACUCAUGGCCUCAAAAACAUGCUCCGCAGACUCUAUAUACGAUGCUUUAACUAAACCACUCACCAGAAAAUUGUAAGUAAAUAGACUCGGUUCAAUGCCAUUUUCCUUCAUCCCACGCCACACCCACAAUAACUCCUCCACCAUUCCUAAACUCCCAAAGCUCUUAAUCAAAGAAUUUGCGGGUGAAACAGUCAUCAAGAAACCCUUUUGCCUCAACUCCAGAAACACACGUUUCACUCCAUCCAAAUCGACAUUUCCAGCCAAAACACCAAUAAGAGAAACGUAGCAUUCAAGGCUGUGAGCAUACCUAGUUUGCUUAACAGCCCAAGCGAAGAACCUCACAGCAAUUUCAGGCUUUUUCUCUAACUCCACAGACUUCAAAACAAAACACACGAAAUUUGGAGACAGCUUGAUCAAGAACUUGGUACAGAAAGAGUCGAGAUUGGACUCCAUACCCGAAGAACUGUCCAAAAGCCCGAGUAUCUGGUUGACCCACGGAGAUGGUUUAAGCUGAUGAGAAGAUCUACAUGCUACGUCAGAAAGAUCAUGGAAGGGCUCUAUCCAUUCGGGUGGAGGCAGACCGCUGGCCGAAAGAAUCCACCUGACUUUCGAGGCGAAAACUUGAGGCGCUUCCAGUUUCCGGGUUUCUUGUGCGAACCCACCAUCGGUACGGGACGGAAGAAGUGAAACAAUACGACGGGCGGACCACAGCGAGGUUAGAGACCUCAGUCCCGCCGCUUGUAGCAUUGGAGAUUCUUUAAUUCAGUUCUCUAAUGGCGGUUCGCAACCUGCAGGGUUUUCUUAGAUUUUUCAGGCGGGUCGGUUCGGUUUAGGAUUUCGGUUUGUUUUAUUGGUCCUCCUCCAGUGCUCCUGUCCUCUUAAAUUAAAAUAGAACCAAAAAUUAGCGCGGAAUUCCAAUUUCCAACCAACAAACGGGGACAGAAAAGGUUGAGAGAAAUCUCAGAUCCCCAAAACAACUGCUCCCCCGCUAACCCUCCUCCUCCUCCUUCUUCUCCAUCACAGAGAUCUCCGACCAACUGGCGAAAAGCUCCGCUCCGGCCACAAUGGCGAAGCUCGAACCGCUGGACAACGAGCCCAAGUCGGACUACGACAAAGAGAAGAUGGCGAAGAAGAAUAGGAAUCAUGGGUCUACAAAAUUCUUCGUCUUCGUCGAUUACUUGUUCCUCUGCAUUUUUCUGGGCUUCCUUUCCUUCAUCGUCUUCAAGAUUGUUGGUGCUUGGUGAUUCGUUUCUCUCUCUUAACUCGCCCGAAACACCAAAAUUUUGGCUCUCAGUUCAAUUCGCUGCUGUCACUUUCAUUAUCGCUAAUUUAUCAGUUUCGGACUUUCGGUGAUUUGCUUUCUGGAGUUAUUAGCCAUAAUUAUCCAGACUCUGCCUUUCGGGUCUGGUUUAGAGAGUUGUUAUACCGAAGCUGUAGAAUGUAACAUUCAUUAUUUUCGAGAAAUUCACUGUGGUUGCUGUUGUAUUUUUACACUGGUUCACUGUUAAUUUUCGAUCAACUAAACGAACAGGUUCUCUUACUUUUACCAAGUUCUGAGUGCUAUGGCAAAUCUCAUUGGAGGAAAAGGAAUUAUCUCCAGUUCUGGUUUUUAUCGUUGUCUGCGGAUUAUGAGAUUUCUAUCAUGAUCAACAUGGGUGCUAGGAAGGAACCCUUUUUUACAAACUGUACAUUGCAUAUGG